UGGCCGGCGCUUCCCUGCGCGUUGCCAGGCAAGGACGGCUCAAAGGCUGGGAUUUGGUGGCCAGCGGCCCCCGGGGUGACCCCCGUGCUUCCCGCUGGAGAUGCAGAGCACCCCCAACUACCUCUGGAGCACCGACGACCUCCUGGGCCAGGGAGCCACAGCCUGUGUCUACAAAGCUCGCAACAAGAAAUCAGGGGAGCUGGUUGCUGUGAAGGUCUUCAACAAUGCCAGCUACCUCCGGCCCCAGGAGGUCCAGAUGAGAGAGUUCGAGAUGCUGCGGAAGCUGAACCACAAAAACAUUGUCAGACUGUUUGCCGUGGAGGAGACAGGCAGCAGCAAGCAGAAGGUGCUGGUGAUGGAGUACUGCUCCAGUGGCAGUUUGCUGAACGUGCUGGAGGACCCAGCGAACGCCUUCGGCUUGGCCGAGUCCGAGUUCCUCAUCGUGCUGCAGUGUGUGGUGGCAGGGAUGAACCACCUCCGUGAGAACGGCGUCGUCCACAGAGACAUCAAACCCGGCAACAUCAUGCGGCUGGUGGGGGAGGACGGGCAGAGCAUCUACAAACUGACCGAUUUCGGGGCCGCCCGAGAGCUGGAGGACGACGAGAAGUUCGUGUCUGUCUACGGGACGGAGGAAUAUCUCCACCCCGACAUGUACGAGCGGGCCGUCCUGCGCAAGCCGCAGCAGAAGGCGUACGGCGUCACCGUCGACCUCUGGAGCAUCGGUGUCACCUUCUACCACGCUGCCACCGGCAGCCUCCCCUUCGUCCCCUUCGGGGGGCCCCGCAGGAACAAGGAGAUCAUGUACAAAAUCACCACUGAGAAGCCUCCUGGAGCCAUUGCAGGGAUCCAGAGGCAGGAGAACGGGAACAUCGAGUGGAGUUACGAGCUGCCCAUCACCUGCCGCCUCUCCGUGGGGCUGAAGGACCAGCUGAUCCCCAUUUUGGCUAACAUCCUGGAGGCAGAUCAGGAGAAAUGCUGGGGAUUCAACCAGUUUUUUGCAGGAACAAACGACAUUUUGCACAGGAUCGUGGUGGACGUGUUCUCCCUGCAGCAGGCUUCCUCCCACCGCAUCUACAUCCACUCCUACCACACUACCACCACGUUUUUAGACGCCGUCUUCAAACAAACAAACAUAGUCCCUCACCAUCAAGAAUACUUUUUUGAAGGACACCUGUAUGAGCUGGAUCCCAAUCUCCAAGCUCACAGUUUCUGCAAAACCACAGAGCGCAGCCCCCUGACCUUGCUGAGCACAGCUGAGCACCCCGAGGACGUGGUGGGGGUCCGGUACAGAGACCCGGCACUUGAGUUCCCAAAGUUCGUCCCCAAGGUGGACGUGGUGGCCGACUGCAGUGCAGCCAAGAGCGCGGUGGGUGCCGCACACCAGACCCUGCGCAUCGGGCAGGCCCUGCGGCGCUGCCGGGAGCUGCUGGCCAGGGGCCUCCACUGGGUGAUAGGGGACCUGAAAACAGAGUGCUUGAGGAUUUUGGAGCAGAGGAGGGGGGCUCUCUCAGUGCUCACCUGCCUGCAGCUCACCGAGGUGAAGACCCGUGUGCUGUACGAGUCUGUUCCUGCAGGCAGUGGGGUGCCAGCUGUGAUGGACAUGGCCAUGGUGAAGACAAGGCUGCAGAGGGUCUCAGAGGAGCUCUCUCAGUGCUCCCACAACAUCUUUGACUUCCAAAGGGCUCUGGAUGGGAUUUUGUCCGAGCUGGUGAAGGACAGGCAGCAAGUGCUUGAAGAUAAAAGCAUCCAGCAGAUUGAGUGCUGCCUGGAGAAGAUGCAGCUGAUCUACAAGCAGUUCAGGAAGGCCAGGACGUGUCUGAGGCUGUGCUACAAUGAGGAACAAAUCCACAAGCUGGAUAAGAUGAAUUUAGGGAACCUGGCCAGGAAGGUUCUGUCGAUUUUCCAGAAUGACUGUGUCCAGCAGUACCAGGAGGCCCUGAUCCUCCACAGCAGCAGGAUGAGGAAAGUUUGUGAGAUAAAGAAGCACCUGAAGAGGCUCAGCAACCGCAUCAGCACCUGCAGCGUGGAGAUGAUGGAGUGCCAGGACUGCCUGCAGGGUGCUCUGGACAGGUUUCUCCAGAUGGAGAAAUGGAGUUUGGCCCCAGCUCCUCCCGUGCCUUCCCCUGUCCAUCUGAGCCAGGAGAUGGCUUUUCGGAUGCAGGAGCUGCUGGAGCAGAUGAGGUCAGUGAGCUGUGAUCUCCAGUUCAACAACAGCAUCAUCGAGCGGUUGGGAGGGGCUGCCCCCACCCCUGGCGUUUGAGGGACGUGGUGAAAAGCGCAGCUGCUGAAGCGAAACCACUUCCCACCAUUGGGAAAUGCCAGCACUUGGGGAGCCAUCGGGCACUGGUGUUUGAGGAGCUCUCUGUGUCCUACCUCUCUGCCCCAGCACUUUUGCACGUUCACCAGCAUUAGCUCUGAGUACCUCGAGCCUUUGGAAGUUUGACCAGACAACUGAGUGGGGUUUUAUUUCUCUUUAUUUUAAAAAGUGCUUGAAGGACUCCGUGGUUUUCUGGCUUCUCUGUAUCACCACGUCAGAUGAAGAAGAGGCUAGACUUUUUGUCUUCUUACUUAUUAAGGGAUUAUUCCCACU